UUGAAAGCACUAUAAACCGUGGACAUUAAACAUUUGCACAUGCUGAAAAUUCCCGAGCUCAAAAGUAUUACAAGUAAUUUGCAUUUAUCAGGGAGCUUUGAAAUAUUCUGAGUUUGUAGAUAGUCCGAUUUCAUUGACGAAAUGUAUACUUUUUUUUGUUGCCCUAAACGAUUUAUUUUAUACCUCGGUGUAUAACGGAAACAAACGUAAUAUUGGUAAAACGAAAGUUAGAUGAUACAAACCUCAAUGAUUUAAUGAUGGUUGAAAUGAUUUUCACCUGUGUACAUUUGAUCUAUUAGAGGACUGCAAUAAUAGUAGUGAAAGAUUAAUGCUGGAGCAUCCACUAUAAAAGGCCCUACAAUUGGGAAGUGAAGAAUGGUCAGACUUCGUUUGCUCUGCCAGAAAAACAACGAUCUCGAGAGUCUUCUGUGACUCUUCUAAGAUACAAAGCGAGGGAUCCAAACUGUGUACAUUUUGAAGCCAUGAGCCGCGGAUUCAGUGAAGUUCAACGUCCCUCCACAGUGUCCUCUGUGACCGAGCCCAUGUGCGUACUCACCACAGAGUGGGUGUGGUUCUGGGAGGACGAGUACGGCAAAUGGGUCCAGUACGCAUCCAUCAAAGAGAAAGAGAUGCACAGAUUGUCAUCCAUCACCAGUGAAGACCUUGAGAAAAGGUUCCAGGAGGAUCAAAGUGCUGUGGUGAAGUUCACUGCAGGCCAGCAGUCUUAUGAGCUGAGUUUCAGAGACAUGACGCAAAAAAACAAAAGAUACGGUACUGUAAGGAUGGUCAGGCGUCGUCCUGUGUUUGUUUCAACUGCAGACAGCAGGACAAAUAGAACAUACAAUUCCUCUCAGAAUUUCAGAGAUGUUCCUGGAUUUUGGGACAAGUCUGCCAUACCUGACAUUGGAUAUAAGACAGUCACUCUUCUGAGUUCUGACAGGGACUAUCAGAAGGUCCAGAGACUUUUCAACAAGACCAUGAGGGGCUUCCAGAUCACCAGCAUCGAGAUGGUCCAAAACAGGGACCUCUGGGAAGUCUUCCAGUGGAAAAGAGAUUUGAUGAAGAAAAACAAUGGGGGUAAAAACAGCAAGGAGCUACAUCUCUUCCACGGAACGGACCCAAAACACGUAGACGCCAUUUGCAGAGAUAACUUCGACUGGAGGCUGUGUGGAACCAAUGGAACUACGUAUGGCGAAGGGAGUUACUUUGCCAGGGAUGCCAAGUACUCGCACUGCUUCACCAGCCACUCAGGAGUGAGGUCCAUGUUUGUUUGUUGGGUGCUUGUUGGUGACUACACACGAGGGAAGUCGGACCUCCGUCGCCCCCCUCCAAAAGGCGAGGGAAAUCCCACUUUCUAUGACAGCUGUGUGGACAAUGUCCUGAACCCAUCCAUAUAUGUGGUGUUUGAAAAGCACCAGGUGUACCCCGAGUUCCUCAUCAGAUAUGAUGAUGGCGUCAUGCACUUGUCCUCUUCGGCUCCAGCUCCACCAAAAACGGUCUCUAUCCAAUCCACUUACAUAGUCCAAUACCCAGCAUCCAACCAGAUUCAAGCAGCAGCUUCUGCUACGCUGCAAAACUCUCGAGUUCCAUCCACUUCCACUUUGAGUCCAUCUCAAGCAGCCACCACUUUCUCUAAUCCAACCAACUCUCUUCCCCCUUCACGUCUCCCAAAACCUGCCCGAACCAAAUUGGGAUUCAGUCAAUCUGCAGUCAUCAUGAAGCCAGCCCCAAGUUCUCAAUUGGUGGAUACCACCAAGCUAAUUGGUCUUACACUCCCUCAUUUAGCAAACUCCCUCAUAAACUCAUUACCCAAGCCAGUGCCCCCUCUCGUACACCCACUACCCCACCCAGCACCCCCUCUUGUACACCCACUACCCCAGCCAGUAUCCACUCUCCUACACUCCCUACCCCAUCCAGUACCCCCUCUUACAUACUACCUACCCCAUCCAGUACCCCCUCUUACAUACUACCUACCCCAGCCAGUACCCCGUCUUAUACACGCGUUACCCCAGCCAGUACCCCCAGUACCCUCUCGUACAACCAGUAACCCCUCUCGUACAACCACUACCCCCGCUAGUACCCCCUCUCGUACACCCACUACCCCCUCUCGUACACCCACUACCCCAGCCAGUACCCCCCUCUCGUACAACUACUAUCCCAGCUAGUACCCCCUCUCGUACACCCACAACCCCAGCCAGUACCCCCUCUCGUACACCCACUACCCCAGCCAGUACCCCCUCUCGUACACCCACAACCCCAGCCAGUACCCCCUCUCGUACACCCACAA